UCAAUAUUGUUUACCUAAUUUCUAAUGCUAAAAAAAACGAACUAUAGUGCGAAGCCGGUCGCUAGUUAUUUAAUAAAAUAUUAUAUUGUGAUUUUUAUAUUUUUCUUAUAAAAUUCACAAUUUCACUUCAACAAUUCUUCAUUUUUCUAUUAAUUCUCAGACUCCGGCACGGUUAGAAAGUUGGAAAAAGUCGUUAGGAAUUGCAUUAAAAGCAAAUGAUUAUAUUUGCCAUCUUCAUUUUAAAGAAGAAAAUAUAAAUAUGUACGAAAAGUUAACUAUUAAAGGAGAGCUCAAAUAUAUUCCUACACAAAGAAAAACGCUUAAGGAAGAAGCUGUGCCCACGAUUGAGCAUCAGUUUAUUCCCAUUCCCGAACAUGAACUCCAAGCCAAUACUAUUCACAUAGAGGAAUCUUUCGAACCAUACCCCAAUCAACCUAAGGACGAGCAGCAACAACAAAUCAAUGCCGAGCAACAGGAAUUAUCAGAAGAUCAAAAUGAUUCUAAUAAUUUAAUGGAUUAUGAAAUGAUACAACAGGACUUUGCGGAACCAUUGUUUAGUCAAUAUCAGGAUACUAAUGUAACAAUUAAUCCAAUAGAGAAUUUUAAAAGUAAGUUUCGGGCAUUUUCGUUGUUGCCGCCUUUUUGGCUACAUGCAGAAAAUCCUAAUGGGCUGGAAUUUAUGCGAAUGGAUCCAAAAACUCAGAAGAUUAAACAUCAUAUACGUUUAAACGAUGAUCUAACUGUCACUGUAAUUUUUCCCAAUAAUGAACAAUUGCCACUAAAGGAGAAAAUUAAUUCAUAUGACAACACCUACGAUUACUUAAAAUCGGUUGAAAGAUGGCCUUUGUGCGUUGGUACUCAGAUUGACGACAAUAAAUUUUGUAAAGGUGUGAUUAUUGGUGAUGAUACUUACGAAAGAAAUCAACAGUACCCAAGAUGUAAAUCUUGUCGAAUAUUACGAAAUCGUUUGCAGAACCGUAAUUCCACUUCAACUCUAUUACAAAAAAUGGCAGAAGCUAAACGGCGCGCUUCAAAUCUUGUACAUAAAUGCAAGCGUCUGAAGAGGACGGUAAGUCUUAUGCCGGCUACAUACGUAACGAUAAAUCGUUGCGAUAAAACUGUGCAGUCCGACUGUGCAGAUAAAUCGAACCGUGUGUAUGACAAAUCGUUACGAUAAUCGACAAUCGGACAAUCGGACUGCA